GUUGCUUGCUCUCCUUCCUGGUGGAGACUUGCCUCGCAGGAGCUGCUUGUGUCUCCUCACAGCUUCUGAUUUAAAAAAACAACAACAAAGGAUUCCAAAUUGCUCCUUCUCCAUGGCAGUGAACCGCACAAUUGAGGAUUAAAGUGCCCCGGAGUGUGGUGCAACAUACCCCUUUUCUUUGCAAAUGGCUUGCUGUCUGAAGGACGAGCUCCUGUGUUCCAUCUGCCUCAGCAUCUAUCAGGAUCCGGUCAGCUUCGGGUGCGAGCACUACUUCUGCCGCAAGUGCAUCACCGAGCACUGGAGUCGGCAGGAGCCGCACGGCACGCGCGACUGCCCCGAGUGCCGGCGCACCUUCCCAGACCCGCUACUGUCGCCCAGCCUCAAGCUGUCCAACAUCGUGGAGCGCUACUCGGCCUUCCCGCUCGACGCCAUCCUAAACGCCCAGCGCAGCUCGUACCCCUGCAAGGACCACGAGAAGGUCAAGCUCUUCUGCCUCACCGACAAGAGCCUUGUGUGCUUCUUCUGCGACGAGCCGGCGCUCCACGAGCAACACCAGGUCACCACCAUCGACGAGGCCUACGAGGAGAUCCAGAGGGAGAUGAAGGAGCAGCUGGCCACCCUGCAGGACAGCGAGAAGGGUCACACUGAGGCCCUACAGCUCUUGCAGAGACAACUCACUGAGACUAAGUCCUCAGCCAAAGGUCUGCGUGCCACCAUUGGCGAAGCCUUUGAGCGUCUCCACCGCUUCCUGCGUGAGCGUCAGAAGAGCAUGCUGGAAGAACUGGAGAUGGACACGGCGCGCAAGCUCACCGACAUUGAGCACAAGAUUCAACGCUAUAGCCAGCAGCUGCACGACGUCAAGGAAGGCAUCCAAAUCCUGCAGGAGCGCCUUAACGAGACGGGCCGGCACGACUUUCUGGAGGGGGUGGCAGUCACAUCCGAGAGGAUUAAAGGGAAGAUCCACGAGACCAAUCUGACGUAUGAGGAUUUCCCGACAUCCAAGUACAUGGGGCCUUUGCAAUACACCAUCUGGAAGUCGCUCUUCCAGGAUAUUUCUCCAGUGCCUGCCGCCUUGACGCUGGACCCCAUCACGGCCCACCAAAGACUGAUCCUAUCUGACGACUGUACCAUCGUCGCCUACGGAAACCUCCACCCGCAGCCGCUACAGGACUCUCCACGGCGUUUUGACGUGGAAGUGUCUGUCCUUGGCGCAGAGGGCUUCGCGUCCGGCGUGCAUUACUGGGAGGUGAUGGUGUCGGAGAAGACGCAGUGGAUGAUCGGUGUGGCGAGCGAGACAGUGAGCCGCAAGGGCAGCAUCCAGAUCCAACCAGGCCGCGGCUUCUACUGCAUCGUCAUGCAUGACGGCAACCAGUACAGCGCCUGCACUGAGCCCUGGACCCGUCUCAAUGUCAAGAGCAAGCUGGAGAAGGUGGGUGUGUACCUGGACUACCCCAAAGGCCUGCUCAUCUUCUACAAUGCAGACGACAUGUCCUGGCUAUACACCUACCGUGAGAAAUUCCCAAUGAAGGUCUUCCCUUACUUCAGUCCAGGUCAGAGCCACGCCAACGGCAAGAACGUGCAGCCUCUGCGCAUUAACACCGUGCGCCUUUAAGAGAUCCGCGUGGCCGUCCUCACUUUGAUUAAUCGUAUGCGGGUUUCAAAAUAAGUUCAAGAAAUUAGUUUAAAAUGUUACGUAUGAGGUGUUUAUCUGUUCUGUUAAGAUUCCAUUUGACGUCCAUCACAAAUUGGAGGGAAAGGGGUCUUAAAUGGAGGUGAAAUGGAGCUGCAAUCAUCUAUUUUCUACCUCUCAUCCUGUUCAGGGUGGCGGGGAACCUGGACUCUAUCCUAGCUGAGUUUGACCAAAAGACACCUUGAAUUUGGCACCAGUUAAACGCAGGGAGCUUUGCUUUGUUUUUCCCAUCUGAAACCUUACUGAUGUCUGAUUUGCGCUAAUGGCCACUGAAGAGGACACAAAGGACCCAAAGGCAGAGUGUUGUUUCUGGGGGUAAAACCGGACUGCAAUCAUCCAUUUUCUGCUACUUAUCCCGUUCAAGGUGGCGGGGAAGCUGGAGUCUUAUCCCAGCUGACUUAGGCCGAAACUCGGACAACACCCUAGAUUAGUCGUCACUCAAACGCAAGUGUUCUGCUUUGUUUUGGGUUUCCCGAUAGAAACUCACUGAUGUCCAACUUGUAAUGGCAGCCAACUGAAGAUAACGCAAAAUGGAGAGAAAGGGGAUGAACCUGAAGGUAAAAGCGGGCUGCGAUCGUCCAUUUUGAACCGCUUAUGUUGUUUAAGGGUGAUAGGAAAGCUGGAGUCGAUCACAGCUGACUUUGGCUGAAAUGGGCACAGAACGCAAGAUUAGUUGUCAGUUAAUCGCAAGGUGCUCUGCUUUGUUUUGACUUUUUCCUUGGUGGAACCUUACUGUGGGCCGCAAAAUGGGCACACACAUGUCCCUCGAGGUGAAAUGGGGCUGUGACCAUCCAUUGAUGAUCGCUUAUCCUAUUCAGGGUGUCCGGAAAGCUUUAGUCUAUCCCAACUGACUUGAAAGGCAGACUACACCUUGGAUUGUUUGCCAGUCGAGGGCAAGGCUUUUUGCAUCGUUUUUCUCUGUGGAACCUCACUUAUUUCGCCCACAGUCUCUGUCUGUACUUUUGUGUCCUUCCCCCCACCCCGUAGGUGUCCAUACGGGAAAACGAUGCUGCUAUUGACAGAGAAAGGACUCAUGAAUGUCUACAUACAGUAUACGCAGUGACAUGACUUUAAACACACGUGACUGCGAUAAAUUCACAUACAGGGGGUCCUCAGUUUACAAUGGAGUUCCGUUCCUACGCCUGCGGCCUAACCCCAGUUUGUAUGAACCCGCAGUAGUCGAUCACUUACCUACGCUAACUCAGUAGUGAAGUCCUAAUUACAGAAAAUAGUUGUAUGGAAAAUAAAUCUUGACCAUAAAUAUAUAUAUAUAAAGCAAUUAAAUGAAAAACACUAAGUACAGUGGUAAAUGAACGUGCCUUUUUACUCCAACUAGUUUGUUGUGUGAAGUUCAUCACUUCGAAACAUGGUUUGUCAUGACCAUCAUAAACCGAGGAUUCCUUGUACAGCACAGUGGGGAGGGAAAAGUCCGUUCUGUGACGCUGUUGACUUCCAAGGUUUUCUCAUUUUAAACCUUAAAUUCCCUGUAGGUCAAUAGUAUAAAGCCAACUGAUUUGUAUGACACGCAUACCCACUAUAAAACUACACAGAGGUCAUGGGAACACCUAAUGGUAUUUUAUAGUUUCAGCCUUGUGACAUUUAAUGAGUUGUAUUGCUCAUAUGACCCCUUCCUAUGUGACGGUGAGUUCUGUUUCCAGUUCUGUGGUUCAAGAGGUUCUUCCCCAAUGGUUUUUGAUGUAGCUAUAUUAAAACACGUCUCCUCCGGGGUGAUAUUAAAUCAUAGGUUAGUGGCGCUAAUCCGUUUGACAAAAUCACAGAUGAUUCCGUCAUGUUCAUUGGCCCCACGUGCUCCAAGCACUCAGCCUAAUCGGCACAUGUGUACACGAGUCCUAAGAGCUUCUUGUCCUGUGGCCAAAUCCAGCAUGCUGAGAGAUUUCUGUGUGUGUUGGUAGGGGGGGGGGGGGG